AAAGCAAAGGGGAGCGCGAGGAGGAAAAAUCCGGGAUCAGGGCAAGUUUGAUGGCGCAUGCGCGCUGCAGCCUCCAUCCCAAACACACACACAUUUCCCUUGACUUGGAAAGUCACCCAAAGCAGCCCCAAGUGCAGGGCAAAGAGACUUCACCAAGUGAAGGGAAGCCAUCAAAUUCACACUGUCUUCGCCGGAGACCACCUCCAAAACAAAGAACCUGACUUUUCUCCUGGCUUUGUACACUGGAAUGGACCUUGAAGCCUGUGACUUCUCAAUGCAAGGAUGAAGUGAAUUUAGAGAAGAAACCAGGCCUUGAAAUCUCCGAAAGGCAGUUACUGGCAUUGCUGUAGAGGCAUCCUGAACGACGUGUUGGAAAAGGAAGUGCACAGGACAGUCGUUCUGCAUUGUGAAAAUGUUUGAGACCCCCAUGCAAAGCUGUGCUCUGUUCUGACUCCAAGUCUCCUCAAACAUGGCCGAGGAAAAUGCAUCUGAAAGAACUAUAUGCACUGACGCAACCUCAGGAAAACCCACAAUGGCUGCCAAGCGCAAAGGCGGCCUGAAGCUAAAUGCAAUCUGUGCCAAGCUGAGCCGCCAGGUCGUCUUUGACCACGGGGGAGCCGAACAGGCACGAGCGGACAAGGGGCCGCAGCGGGAGAGCAGCAACAAGGACCUGCCUCAGCCUGGGACCAAGGAGCUGGGGACAGAGUUUUCAGAUGGACUCAGCCGCGUGCAGAAGAUCGAGGAGGACAAAAGGAGGGAGGUGAUUGAGAAGUGGGUGAAUGGGGAAUACAACGAGGAGCCCUUGCUGGGGCGAGCGGAGGGCAAGGAAUGUAAGGGUGCCGAGAGCGCGGAGGUACCCCCUGAAGGGGUUUACAUGGUGCAGCCCAAGGGCUGCAGUGAUGAGGAAGAUAACGGGGAUGAAGCAGAUGCUCUGAGGGGCUCGCAGGAUGGCAACUUCUUGGAUGACAGGGAUUCAGACGGGCCAGCCUCGAAGGAUGAUGCCUACCGGUCCUCCAGUGGCGAGACAGGCUCCAAGCUGGGGGGAGGAACCACCUCAGGGGAAGCUUCAUCGCUGCGAGAUUAUGCCGCCACCACCAUGAAUGAGUUCCUGGGCAUGUUUGGCUAUGAUGAUCAGAACAUGCGGGAUGAGCUGGCCCGCAAGAUCAGCUUUGACAAGCUGAAUGCUGCUACCUCAGAGGCCACUGCGACUGCUGCCUCUCUCCCUGGCGAGGAUGCCAUGAGCAAACGAGCCCGCUUCUCCAAGUAUGAGGAGUACAUCCGCAAACUGAAAGCUGGAGAGCAGCUCUCUUGGCCCAUGCACUUGGCCAAAUCUGAGGAGUUGGGCUCCAAGCUGGGCAAAGAAACUUCCUCAGUGCUGGCACAGCCCAUUCGGGUGCCAGGUCCAGAUGCCUCCAUGCUGACGGAGACCAAAGCCACCAUCCUGCCGCUGCCCUCUCCCAGCAGUUCCCAGAUGCAGGGUCUGAUGUCACGGGCCUCCAAAUACGACUUCUUCAUUCAGAAGCUGAAGACGGGUGAGAGCAUCAGGCCACAAAACGGCAACACUUACAAGAAGGCCUCCAAGUAUGACCUUGAAAACGUCAAGUACUUGCACCUUUUCAAGCCUGGAGAAGGAAGCCCGGAUAUGGGAGGAGCCAUCGCCUUCAAGACAGGCAAGGUAGGCCGGCCUUCCAAGUAUGAUGUGAGGAACAUUCAGAAGCUUACUCCAGUAAAAGCUCCAACACCCAGCCUGGCCCCUGCUCCCCUCGCCAGUACCCCCAGCAGCACUCCUGUGGCUGGGCCAGAGCAGUCCGUCGCAUUGCCAUUCAACACUCCCGAGUACCUGAAAUCAACUUUCUCCAAGACAGACUCCAUCACAACUGGAACAGUCUCUACAGUAAAGAACGGAUUACCCACUGACAAACCAGCUGUCAGCGAAGACGUAAAUAUUUACCAGAAGUAUAUUGCCAGGUUCUCUGGCAGUCAGCACUGUGGACAUAUACACUGUGCAUACCAGUACAGAGAACAUUACCACUGCCUUGACCCCGAGUGCAACUACCAGAGAUUCACUAGUAAACAGGAUGUGAUUCGACAUUACAACAUGCACAAGAAACGUGAUAAUUCCCUCCAGCACGGCUUCAUGCGCUUCAGCCCCUUGGAUGACUGUAGCGUGUACUACCAUGGCUGCCACCUGAAUGGGAAAAGCACACACUACCACUGCAUGCAGGUGGGUUGUAACAAGGUCUAUACAAGCACUUCUGACGUGAUGACCCAUGAGAACUUUCACAAGAAGAACACGCAGCUCAUCAAUGACGGGUUUCAGCGGUUCCGUGCCACGGAGGACUGCGGCACUGUGGAAUGCCAGUUCUACGGGCAGAAAACCACUCACUUUCACUGCAGGCGACCUGGGUGUACCUUCACCUUCAAGAACAAGUGUGACAUUGAGAAGCACAAGAGCUAUCACAUCAAAGAUGAUGCCUAUGCCAAGGACGGCUUCAAGAAGUUCUACAAGUAUGAGGAAUGCAAGUAUGAGGGCUGUGUCUACAGCAAGGCUACCAACCACUUCCACUGCAUAAGGGCAGGCUGUGGCUUCACCUUCACCUCCACCAGCCAGAUGACCUCCCAUAAACGCAAACAUGAGCGCCGGCACAUCCGUAGCUCAGGCGUGCUGGGCCUGCCUGCUUCUCUCCUGGGGUCCAAGGAUAAUGAGCAAGAGGAGUCCAGUAAUGAUGACCUUAUUGACUUCUCCGCUAUGAGCUCGAAGAACUCCAGCCUGAGUGCCUCCCCCACCAGUCAACAGUCUUCCGUUUCUCUCAUAGUCCCAGCUGCACCCUCCUCCGGUGCUGAGCUUGCUUCCUCACAGGCCAGCAAGUCUGCCAACAGCAUGACACCAGCCACCAAGAUCUCUGGCCUGCUCUCCCAGGCUCUUCCCAGCAAUAUACCCUUGGCCCUGGCACUCUCCAACUCAGCACUUCCUGGAACAGCUGGAUCCUUCUUCCCCAUCAUCCCCAGUCGGGUCUCUACACCACUUCCUGCCAGUUCUGCUAAUCUGAUGACUGCUGGCUCUUCUGGCACCAAUCCAACAUCAUCUGCUCCUACGGAUUCCUCAUCCCAGGCCAUUUCAGGAUCUGGUGAGGCAGCGGCUACUUCUUCUACAGCUCCAGCAGCAUCUAUAAUGGAAAGGAUCUCUGCUAGCAAGGGAUUAAUCUCUCCUAUGAUGGCCAGGCUGGCAGCAGCUGCACUCAAGCCCUCUGUGGCAGUUGAAGCAGGGAAUGGACAACCAGCAGCUCCCGGACGGUUCAAUCCAGUUCAGGUGAAGCAGGAACCUGCAGAGGCCAUGGGAUCGUCAUCUGCCACCAGUCAGGACUCCUUGCAGGAGCACAGCUUGGACCUGAGCGUCAAGGAUCACGGUAAUGAAUCAAAUGGCCACACAGUCUCGGCAAAUUCAUCUCUUUUAUCCUCGCUUAUGAAUAAGAUGUCCAAGACCAGCGCCAGCCUUGGCAACCUGCUGAACAUUAAGACAGAAGGAGACGGCAGCCAGGCCGGGUCUGGAGAGCCAACACAGUACUUGGGCAAGGCAGUGAAGGCACUCGUCCAGGAGAAGCUCUCUGAGCCAUGGAAGAUGUACCUGCGCCGGUUUGGUACCAAGGAUUUCUGUGAUGCACAGUGCGACUUUCUGCACAAGGUGCAUUUCCACUGCGUGGUGGAGGAGUGCGGUGCCCUCUUCAGCACCCUGGAUGGAGCCAUCAAACACGCCAAUUUUCACUUCCGAACUGAGGGUGGAACUGUGAAAAGUAACUCUGAGUCUCCCUUCUCAACUGCUACUGAGAAUAAGGCUUCACUGGCCCCUUCAUCACCGUCUGCUGCUUCUGUCACCAUGGCAAGUGCUCCUGCCCUCGAUGUGCCCACUCCAAGUCCAGCUACUGUGCCCUCUGCCCCCACACUGCUAGCUUGGAAGCAGCUGGCUUCAACCAUACCCCAGAUGCCUCAGAUCCCAGCAUCAGUGCCUAACCUGGCAACUUCACCCUUGGCAACAACUUCCCUGGAGAACGCCAAGCCUCAGGUCAAACCCGGAUUUCUCCAGUUCCAGGAGAACGAUCCCUGCCUGGCAACGGACUGCAAGUACGCCAACAAAUUCCACUUCCACUGUCUCUUUGGGAACUGCAAGUAUGUGUGCAAAACCUCUGGCAAAGCAGAAUCCCACUGCCUGGACCACAUCAACCCCAACAAUAAUUUGGUGAAUGUGCGAGACCAGUUUGCUUACUAUUCACUGCAGUGUCUCUGUCCGAACCAGCACUGUGAAUUCAGGAUGCGAGGGCACUACCACUGUCUUCGUCCUGGCUGCUACUUUGUGACUAACAUCACCACCAAGCUGCCCUGGCACGUGAAAAAACACGAGAAGGCAGAGAGAAGGGCAGCCAAUGGCUUCAAGUAUUUUACCAAGCGAGAGGAGUGUGGCAGACUAGGUUGCAAAUACAACCAGGUGAACAGCCACUUCCAUUGCAUUCGAGAGGGCUGCCAGUUCUCCUUCCUGCUCAAGCACCAAAUGACAUCCCACGCCAGAAAGCACAUGAGAAGGAUGCUGGGGAAGAACUUUGAUCGUGUUCCUACUCAGGUUAUUGGCCACACUCCAAGAAGUGAAAAUCUCCCCCAGGUUGGCAGCAUGGCACCCAGCCCAGCCUCAUCAGGAACCCCAGCUUCCUUUCAGGGACCCCCAAGCAUGAUGGACACUGAAACAGAUGAGUACAUGGAUUACACUGGCUGUAGCCCUGGGGGUAUCUCCUCUGAAUCUUCCAAUAUGGACCGCAGCUGCUCCAGCACUCCAGUGGGCAAUGAAAGUACAUCAGCAGGCUGCCUGGUUCCUCCUACUGCUACCGCUGCUGCUGAUGAUGCCACCCACAAUGCACCACAACCUCAGCCACCAUCUCUGCCUCCAUCUUUCUCACAAGCCCUGCUUAGGUCUCCCCUUCCCACCCUCCCCUAUCUUUUCUCUCCAUCUUGUCUGUCAUACUCUCUGCUCAGUGCCACUCUUGGAUCCAGCAGAGGCAUUGUCAUGCCUGCCGCCAGCACCACUGGGUUUUCGCCCAUCAUUGCCACUCCAACUCCAGUAAAAAGUGACGUUCCCUUAGUUCAGGACGCAGCAGGGAAUACCAUCACUAUGCCAACUGCCUCGGGGGCCAAAAAGCGUUUCUGGAUUAUUGAAGACAUGUCCCCGUUUGGCAAGCGCCGCAAGACCGCAUCCUCACGCAAGAUGCUGGAUGAAGGGAUGAUGCUGGAGGGAUUUCGGCGCUAUGACCUCUACGAAGACUGCAAGGACUCCAGCUGCCAAUUCUCUCUCAAGGUUACCCACUACCACUGCACGCGGGAGAAUUGUGGCUACAAGUUCUGUGGCCGUACCCACAUGUAUAAGCACGCCCAGCAUCAUGAUCGUGUUGACAACCUGGUAUUGGAUGAUUUCAAACGCUUCAAGUCUUCGCUGAGUUGCAACUUCCCAGACUGUCAGUUCUCUGGCAAUAGCACACACUUCCACUGUCUGCGUUGUGGCUUCCGCUGCACUGACAGCACUAAGGUGACAGCCCACCGUAAGCACCACGGCAAGCAGGACGUCAUCAGUGCUGCUGGCUUCUGCCAGUUCAGCUCAAGCGUGGACUGCGAGGUGCCUGACUGCAAGUACAAACUCAAGUGCUCCCACUUCCAUUGCACCUACCCUGGCUGCAAACACACAGUGGUGGGCAUGUCACAGAUGGACUCGCACAAGCGCAAACACGAGAAGCAGGAGCGAGGGGAGCUUCCUGCCAUCUCUCCUGGCCCGGAGGGCCUUGCCCACUCCACUCUCGAGUAUGACAUCCAGAACUCUUCCAUCAACCUGGACAGUUCCCUCAACCUCAGCACUGACAACAACAGCUCCCUCUUCUUCCUGCAGAAUGCGGCUGGCGUGGGCCUCAAUGAUUCCCUGGACCUCAGCAAGAAGCAGUCAGAAGUCACUGAAGGUCCGUCACCGAGCAGAGCCGGGACCGCACCUCAGGAGAGGGGGGCGGCAGCAUCUGGCUCUGGUGAUGUGGAGGAUGAGGAUGACUCUUCCCAAGAGGAUGAAGAGGACGACGAGGAGGAGAUGAACGAAGAAGAGGAUGAUGAUGAAGAGGAAGAGGAUGAUGAUGAUGAGGAGGAGGAUGAUGAAGAAGAAGACCUGAACACAGAUUCUGAAGAAUCGCUGCCUGACCCUGAGGGCCUGGCCACUAAAGAAGAUGGAGAACCAGAGGAGGCUGCUUCUUCCACAGACCAUGGCGAUGCUUCCAGGCCACAGGGCGAGCCGGCCCUUACUCCAGCCCCAACUCCUGCUCCAGCUCCAGCUGCUGCCCCAGCCUCUACCAUUGCUCCAGCAGCUUCUCCUUAAUCUUUGAGACAACAGCGGCAGUGGUUUGGUUUUGCUCUUACACAGAAUUACUAAGAGGACCCCAUAUGAGGCAAGAACAAAGAUUGGGACAGCAAGUGAAAAGCAAACUCCGUGCCACACACACACAAGAGAGAGAGAGAGGAAGGAAGGAAACCCAUGCUCCUCCCACAGGCCCCGUAAGAGAGACAGGUUCGCAGCAGGACUGGUGCUGCAUCGCUUCAUUCUGCAGAUCACAGAACACGGGGACAGGAUGCAGCAAAAAAUACCCUUUUAUACGGACAUGAACCUUGAGGGUACCAGCUGCUUUUCCUUGCUCCUUGCAUGGUGCGUGGGGCCUGUGCCCGUCUGGGGACCCUUUGUUAUGGGUGGGGCUCUAUCCCCCCAUUUUUCUUUCUGGGUUUUAUUUUUCCAUGUUUUCAGUUGUACGAUAUUAAUAAUAAUCUCCACUUCUUGGAGGGGGGUGGGUGGGAACAACAGGUAAUGAAUUUUAGAAAUAUAUAUUUGUGUGUGUGUCUCUCUCUCUAUAUAUAUAUAAUGUACACACACACACACAUAUAUAAAGUUCGAGGAAUUGGUGUCACAAAGACAACUAGCUCAGCUUUUGCCAGUGGGAAGGAGGGGGUGAGGGGUGCGCGCUCUCUCUCUCCACCCCUCCCCCCUUCUUUCUCCAGCAUUAAAUGAAUGGCAUCAGACAGCAAGGGUGGGAGUGGGUAUUUAUUGUCACAUAAAUGAGGACGCAUUAAUGAAUGAGCAGGGGUGGGAAUGGGACACUCCUCUGUUCUUCCAGAUCCUUUUUACUAUUAAUGAUAAUAAUUUUGAAUGAUAUUUAUAUUGUAAAACUUUCUCAGUCUACACUUUCUCGGUAGGACACCUCUCCUCAUCCCUGCUGUUCUGCCUGUAGGGAUUUAGCUGAAGUAACUUGGGAAGAACACAGCAGGCAGUUAAAGGGUCUGUCACACUGGAGGACUGGGGUUAAUCUCCCAUCCAGUUCCAUCUCAUCCCAACUCCCAGGUGCUUCCUCUCUGUUGAGGGUGAGGCGUUUUUGUGGUGCUUCAGUAUCCCCAUCUCAGGAGGUUGUGAGCUGACACUCUGUCCCACGGUGCAGCACAAGGAGCACCGUGCUCACAGAAGAGCGUCCUAGCCAUUAAAGCAGCCUUGAAAAUACUACUUGCUCUCUGACCCAAGCAGUCGUACGAUGACAGGUAUGUCCCCAGUCCCCAAGCCCUCGCCCCCAGCCUUUCACUGCAGAUGGGCAGGUCUGUCUUUCUGCAUGGACCGAUACGGCUCUGUGGUGACUCCUGGGAGAGGGUGAAGGCACCACUGAAGAGGGAGGAGAAGGCAGGGAAACAUUCAGGAUCGCACUGCAGGAUGUCCUGCUCGGACUGGGGGGUCUCUUUUGCUCAGCACUGGGGCGGGAGGGGGGACUACGCUGUUCUGCAGCACCUGUGUAGCUGUUGGCCUGGUCGUGGUUUUUGCAGCUACGAAACAUGAGGCUGCUGCAGGCUACGCAGCACAGAGAACUCGAAGAUGGGGGAGAUGCUCGCUGAGGCCAGGAUGUAGUCCAGCUAAGAAUUAGUGCAUUUCUGGGUCCACGCUGAGAAAUUUUGCCAAGUAGGGCUAAUAGCUUGGGCACUGCAUACGCAAAUGCAACUAUACUGUGUUGAGACCUGCCACCUCCAGAAGCUUGGGCUUUCCCCUGGUUACAAGCUCUUCCCUGCUCUCUUUUCCUUGCCCAGUCUGGGAACACACACUACAGGAUACUGGCCCGGACUCUGACAGGUGAGACAGGAGCUGUUUGACCCCAAAUCCUCGCCUGAGUCUGAAAGAGAGGGCUUGUCUACACACACCUGGGCUCCAGAAGGACUAGCCGUAUGACUUAAUUCUGAUAAUAGUUAUUUCAGUGCCAGUUUGUAAGUAUACCAGCCUAGCAAAAGGUUCCUUGUGUCUGAAGUUUGUCGUUUUGUUGUGUUUUUUUUUUAAAAAAAAAACCUAAUUAUUUUUUCUAACAUCAUGCAGGCACCCCCUCCCCGCCCCCAACUCGGUGAGCACUUCAGCUCCAAGGGAUCCCCAUCAUUUGUUUUCACCCUUAACAGAUAAAGGCCUCAAGUUUAGGUUGCUUUUUUUUUUUUUUUUUUUUUUUAAUUAUUUCCCUAAGGAACUGGUGCAGAUCAGGUCUGAUUUAUAAACAAGCAGCUCCGCUGUGUAAAUGUAGGGACAGAAUGUUCAGAUAAUGUUUCAAAAGGAAAGGCAAAAAAAAAAAAAGUUGUACAGUAUUUUUCCUGUAAAGGUUAUUACUAUAUAUAGAACAAAAGAGAAACCACCAAUGCCAGGGGGAUGAGGGGGGGUCACCUGCCUUCUGGAUAGCCCUUAGAUAUGGUUAAUUGUGUGCAAUUUUUUUUCUCUCUUUUUAUUUUUUUCUUCAAUGUAGUGUUUGUUUGUAGAGGGUGGCAGGGGAGGGGGGCCUUAAUGCUACGGUUUGAGGCUGACUUCACACUCCUAGCACUGACCGGAGCUGCACGAUUCCGAAUUCUAACUUGAAUUUUGUAGAAAUGAAACAAAUGAAAACAAAACAAAUGAAAUAUUGUUAUUACUAGUUUGUAGUAUAUUUAAUUCUUUGGAGUUCUUUUCCUCUAUCAGCUAUUUGUGUGGCUUUUAUUUUUAUAGGGUUUUAUUUUUUUUGUUUGUUUUUGUUUUGUUUGGUAUAUCCCCUGCCCUCAACCAUGUGUUUUCUAGCACAGCUCAAUUCUUGGAGAUAAUGAAGCUCAUGUUCCUGGGGCAGAGUGAGGGAACGAGGCCCUGGAAUUUCUAGAAAUGGGAUGGGGCAAAAAAGAUUUUACUUUAAUGGCAUUUGCUGCAGGUUCUAUACUUGUACAUUUUUCCCAUAUUCAGCUACUUAGAUAGGAUGGUGAUGGGCUCCAAGAGGAAUCCUUGGAUGUAACACAAGCCACGUCUUGCAAAAAGAGAUGUGUUUAUUUUGUACCACUGAAAUCAACGUGAUGUGUAUCGGUGACUUUUGUGGGAGCAGGAUGGAACGUACUGCCUUCAGUACAACAUCCUCGAGGUUUACCUGGAACCUGCCUAUGAGCGUUGUUGACCCUGAAGGCGAGGGGGGGUCUGGUUUCAGUGGCAGGGGGCUCACCCGGGCCACUUCUUUCCAUUUGGGAUAGACAGGCUGGUUCCCUGCUGUGAGGAGCUGGGAACCUGCACCGGGACGUAGUGGCUUUACCUCUCCCCUUUCAUAUCUCACCAGACUCCACUGGCUGAAUCGCUGCACAACAGUGGGAGAAAGCAGAAGCGUGUGGAGAAAAGGGGGUAAAAGAUCUGCCAGUGGCCCUGCUAACGCUGGCCCACUUUGGCUGGCACUGGACACAAGAGAUCAUCCCGGGAGGCAGCUUUAGGCAGGUGCAGCCAGUGCAACUGCACCAGGACAGGCGCAGGAACGGGGCCCUGUUUCACAUGUCCUUCUCGUGUGGCUAAGCGUGCCGGAAGGGCCUGUGUUUAUCUAUGCACACCAUUUUCUCCCCCCAGGCACCCUCCUUCUCCCUAACAUCUCAGCCUUUCUCCCAGACUUGGGUCACCUCUUCUCUGGGAGCUGGCACAGGGAAUGAGAUUUGUUUCCUAAGAGGCUACUGCUGAAUGUGACGCCCGUGCAGGGCCUGACCCCACAGAUGGUCAGUCAUCCUCAGAGGACAAGGGCCACUCUGCCCUUCCAGACAGGGCCACCCUGGCCCUAGCCCCAGAGCGUGUCUCCCUCAGCCUUCUCCAAGUCUUGUUUCUGUAAACCUAUGUCUCUAUUUGCAACAACAACAACAACAAGUCAAGAAAGUUAAACCUGUCUUUUUAUUCUGCCAUGUUAAGGCUUGCAUUCAGCAAAACUCUUAAGCAGAUGCGUUCUGAACGGGCACAGAUUUAAGCCUGUGCUUAAGGGCUUUUCUGAACAAAGGCCUCAACAACACAGAGAUCCCUAUUACAGCGAGGUGUUUUUUUUUCACUUCACGGUAUCAUAUCAGUAGGAGUGUUAAUACAAUACUAUUGAAAUAUGUGCUUAAAAGAAUGCGGAGAGAGAGAUUCAGCUAACUGUAUGAGGAGGGGGAAAGAGGAGAGAGGAAAUGGAACUAUUCUGUCCAAAACAAGAUAAAAACCAAACAAAAUAAACCUUGAGAUGGACCCUCCUGAUUCUGCUACCAUUCACUGCUGAAGAGCAAAAAAAUGAACUAAAAUAAAAACUAUUGACUAGAUUGUUCAUUCUAGCCACAAACUCAACUGGAUUAAAGUCUGCGUGGAAGGAAUUUUGUAAAGAAAAAAAAAAAAUUAAAAAAAAAUUUUCCAAUGUAGCAAAAAAAAAAACUUUAAAAAACAAAAAUGAAAAAAAAAAGACAAAGAGGGAGGAUUCUAGCCUUUUGUAAUAUCCAUAUUGCACACUAGGACUAUAAGCCAUUGCUAGCUCAUUUUGAAUUUUAAAUGUGUAAUUUUUUUUGUUUUGUUGUUGUUUUUUUUUUCUUUCCGUGGGGGAGGGGGGGAAAUAAAUGCUUGAACCACCAAUGCUCUUUUUAAUGUUUUAUAAAUAUGUAUGUGUAUAUAUAUAAAUAUAAAAAUAAUAUGUAUGCACAUAUAUAUGUGUGUGUGUAUAUAUCUAUAUGUAUAUACAUAUAUAUAGAUAUAUAGAUAUAUAUAUAGGUUUUGAGACAAAAAUGCAGAAAGUGAAAAAAAAAACACCCUAAACAGGAUGGUGUGCUCUGAUUUACUUGAAUCUGGUCUCUUCAGCACCUGCGUUAUUAAGAACUGAAUAUUUUUCCACUUGAAUUUAGUGCUAUUAGAAAUUUAAUAUAUGUGUUUUAUUUAUUUGAUUUUUUUUUUUGCAUGACUGAUGCAAGGUUUGACAUUUUCACUCAAUAAAAACUGGAAAAA